GUGACCUGCCUUGUGUGAGAGCCCAGCGACUGGAGAUGAAGAACCUCCUGAUCUUCUUGCUUCUGGGGCUGGUGGCUGUCCUGAAGGCCCAGGAAGUCCCAUCGGAUGACCAGGAGGAGCUUUCUGGAACCUGGCACAUAAAGGCCUUGGUAUGUGACAAGAACCAUACAGAGAGGGAGGGCCCCAAGAAAGUGUUCCCUAUGACGGUGACAGCCCUGGAAGGUGGGGACUUGGAGGUCGAGAUAACAUUCUGGAAGAAGGGUCAGUGUCACAAGAAGAAAAUUGUGAUGCACAAAACUGACGAGCCCAGAAAAUACACUGCCUUCAAGGGCAACAAGGUCAUCUAUAUUCAGGAGCUUUCUGUGAAGGACCACUACAUCUUCUACUGUGAAGGACAGCGUCAUGGGAAGUCACAUCGCAUGGGGAAACUCGUGGGGAGAAACCCUGAGGAAAACCCAGAGGCCUUGGAAGAAUUUAAGAAAUUUGUACAGGGCAAGGGACUACGACAGGAAAACAUCUUGGUGCCUGAGCAGAGGGAUCAGUGCAUCCCUGAGAGUGACUAGGCCGAUCAUGGAUGCACUUGCUGGUCUUGCUCCAACAUCAACACAGUUCUGAGACAUCCUUGGACCUCCCCUCCCCUGGACCACUUUCCCCACCAUCACUGCUGAACUUCCCUGCUACCUCAGCUCCACCCAUCCCCAAUACCAGCUUACUCCUAAUAAAAUAUCUCAGCAUCA